AUGGACUGUAACCCACCAGGCUCCUCUGUUCAUGGGGUUUUUCAGGCAAGAAUACUGGAGUGGGUUGCGAUUUCCUCCUCAAUGAUUACAAUACAGCAUGCUGAAAGCACAAGGAAUAGAGUAAUAAGAAGAGUACUGGAGUUUGGUGGCAGAGAGUUCAAGAGAAACUUCCCAGGCAUAGGAAACAAUGAGAUGCACAAAGAUGUGGAGUGGGAAGCUCAAUAUGAAGAAACUGUAAGGAAACCAACUGAUUGGAGUUGUGAAGAGAAGGAGACCAGAGAUGAAGUUGUAGAGCCCAGUUCAACUCUGUAA